UCAAAGAAUUUGGAAAUAUACAGUGUAUAUCUAGGCAUUUGAGACUCAUGAGAUAUAUAUUUGUUGUGUAUCUGCUAUACGCUAAAUGAAUAGUUACUGUAAGCUCUACCUAUUCUAUACUAUUAGGAGGGGAAACAACUGAAAUAUACGUAUACUAUAUUAAUAUUUUAUCCACUAUAGCUAGUAGAGGUGAGCCUUAUUUCCUUUUCUAUUUCCUUCCAUUUAUCUUUAUCUUUCUUAUUUAUUGUAACCAAUUUUCCGUUAUCUGAGGUCAAAUUUAUCAACCAGAAAAGAAAUUUAACUCACAUUUGGCUAAGCAGGAUUGUGGAAAUAUCAUCAGUAGAUGUAUUGAUGAAAAGUGUAUAUUGGAUAGAAAUGGCUUACAGAAAUCUACUCUUUUCUGUUUCUGAGAUAUUUUUCAUUUUUGGUUUGAUUAUAUCGAGAGCAAAAUUCUCUAAAUGUCAAACUCGGAUCAAUUCUUUGGACGCAAAAACUCAGCAGCAAGUGCUGAAAGGUUGUGUGGUGCCUAAAUACAACGGCACUGACUACUUGAAAGCUGGAUGCGUCGGUGAGAAAUGUUCGCUUGAAGCAGGUCACAGAAUACCGGGAAACGGAACAGUUAUUCGCCUUAAAUGUGCUGAUUUGUUCGUUUUACGCCAGAAACAGGUCGACAUGACAGUCUGCUAUGAUGGCGUUUGGUAUCCCAAGAUACAUUCUUGUCAGAGAUCGUGUAAGGCCAUAGAUCUGAAUACACUGGAUUUGGAGUGCACCUAUAAAGGACAGGCAGUGAGCUGUGUUGAUGACGUCAGAGUAGGCACUCAGGCAGCCAUUGCCUGCAAGCAGGGAUUCAUCACUGACCGAAACUACGAGAUGCGCAAUCACUGUCUCAAAACUGGCAAAUGGAAAUACGUCAUGUACGAUUGUGCUCCUAUUUGUGGAGUGACUGAAAAAGGAAAUGAAGAAUUGGUCGAUUCAACCGAAUCAAUUGAUGCUGUGAAAGCACCCUGGAAUGCGGCUAUUUAUCUUGCUGACAAUGCAACUUUUACUUUGAUGUGUGGCGGCGCUUUGAUAUCAGAACAAUUCAUUUUAACUGCUGCCAAAUGUGUUAAAGAUGAGAAGGGAUCUCUGAGGAGUGCAUCUUCAUUGAGAGUGGCUCUGGCAAAAACCUACAGAGAUUGGAACGAUCCUCGAGAUGCAGGGAAGACUCAGAGGUUUGAGUUGCAAGGAAUAACUAGUGACGACGUAUUCGAGGAAUUUUUCAAGGGAGGCUCGGAAAUGAUCUCAUUUGUGAAGAAUCUGGCUGUAUUGAGACUCAAAGGAAUGGUGGAUUUCUGCACGUUUGUCAAGCCAAUAUGCAUCGAUUUGGCAAGACUCAAUGAGCGGGUACCUGAUUUGAUAGGGACGGUUGUUGGCUGGAAUCUGAAUAAAGAUAGCUCGACGCAUCUCACAAGAUUUCUGAGACCAAUUGAAAAUCAUGCCGUUUGUAAGACGAAAGUGUACUCGCCAGAAAAUGUUGACAAUCCCAACAAAUUUUGCACUGAACGAAUGGACGAGCUUGUGAACUAUCAUGGUGCCGGAAUCACAUUCAAGGACACAGUCACUGAUACGCAUUACGUCAUUGGUAUACUGACCGAUCAUUUGGCGAACAUCACAGUGUUUCUCGGCUACAGAGACGAGUCGUCGGCCAUGAUCGUCGAUCUCAUGCGCUUCUAUUUCGAGAAGGCAAAAAAUGUCAAAUCAGUGCAAUAGCAAUCAGAAACAAUAUGAAGUGAAUAUUUCAAAUUCAAAUCAAUUUAUUUUCAAUUUUUUCACAAUAGAUACAGAGCAUGAAAUUACCAUAACUUAGUUACUGAAAUAAUUACCAUACAACUAAAAAAUCACAAUCAUACCCUGAAGAACAUUACAAAGAAUCAUUGUAUAUGGAAAAUAAUCCCAAAGGUUACAAAAACCUGUUUGGGCAGAAAAAACUACUUAAGAUGAAAGAGAAGUGUUACAGUUAACACAAAGCAAAUUAAGGAAGAGAAAAAAAACUAAAAAGACAAUAAAAAAGAAUGAGAACUUCAUUAUCAGUUUAACAUUAUAAAGUCUACACAGUUUAAGUCUACACAGUCUGUUACAAUUUAACAGGAAGCCUAUUAAAAAACGUUGGUGCUAGAAAAGUGAAGAAUUUUUUGAAAAUAUUAAGGUUGGGCUUAGGGACUUUCACAUUUUGUUGAUUCCUCCCAAAUGAAUCAACAAAGCACAUUUUGUUGAUUCCUCAGCGCAUAUGAAUCAGCUGCAUUUUGCCACUCCUAUCAAAAAAUAGCUGGGUUUACACCAAAGUUAUUAACAAGAUGUUAAUAACUUUAUCCUUAUAGAUUCUAUUAGAUUGAACGGAACUUGACAAACACAUAUGUUCAUCAUGUGUUUGCUAAGUUAUGUUUAAUCUAAUAGAAUCUAUAAAGAUCAAGUUAUUAACAUUUUAUUGUUGAUAAAUUUGGUGUAAGCGCAGCUUUAGGGUUUUAUAAAUAUAUAAGUUCCUAAUAGGCAGUAUUCUGAGCUCUUCGAAAAUUGGUGCAUAGUGAUCAUAUUUCGUUUUGUAAGACAUUAUUCUCAUAAAUGAUAUUUGUAGAAUAAUUAACGGAUGUAAAGCAGCCUUAUAUGCUUCCCCCCCCCAAAUUUCCAAGCCAUACUCAAAAUUGAAAUUUAUGUGAGCGAAGUAGAUCUUUCUCAUCAAUUCUGAAUUGCACAUGAAACAAUAUAAUACAUAUAUUACAUGUAGUACAUGAAACAAUAUAUUAUAUAGUGAUAACUUCAGGCUGUCAGCACCCCUUUUCCCUUAUAAAUAGCACUAACGCUGACAGUUUAUCUGAAAUACAUUGAAGAGUUACAUACAUGUCCAUGAAGAGCCUAAUUCACAAAUUAAUACGAUUUAUUAUGACUCAUAAUACAGAAAUACAUUGAAGUGAAUAAAUGUAGAAGAUGUCUUUUGACAAAAAAACAACUGGAAUGCUUUGUUUGUCUCUCUAUUGUUUACUUCGAAUUUAAAUUCAUAUUAAAAUAUUAUUUAUUCCAGAAAAUGCAUAUAUAUAAUAAUAAAUACAAUUACAAUAAUUGUAUGGAAUACCCCUACAAAGACUAUACAUCUGAGUAGGGGUGAGUUCCGAUCAGCCUGUCGAGGCCUGAAUAAGCAAUAAAGAAACAAAAUGAGCAAUAAAGAUUUUAAAAAUGCUACUAACUAUACUCUAAGAUAAAUAACUAAAAAUUACAAAUAAAAAUAAUAACUAAAAAUGAAGCAACUUGUGGUAGAAUAUCAAACUAUGAUACCAGCAAACUAUGAUAACGUGCGUUCGCCGUUGAGACGUACUUUUUGAGUGGCUGUUAAGUGAUUGCAGCACAGUGGCAUUUUUGGAAUCGGUUCAAUUCAACCCCGUUGGCCCGUGUUCCACACCGGAAAACAAUAUUUUUUCUUAUGUUACUACCUUUAGAAAAACAGGCAGUACAACAAUACUAAGAUCUUAAGUUCCACGGCCCAAUAGAUCAAGUAAAACAUUGAAACAGUGAAAGCUUGACUUUUGCAAUCUCCAAGGCGUUCAGCACGCAAAAAUUCGUCUGCCCUUGGACUUUCCGAUCGUUCUGUGAGGAGGAUUCUUCUCGAAGACCUUCAUUUUCAACCAUACAACAUGGCUGUUUUAAAGGAACACUUUCCAGAAUCCCUUAUCCCAAUUAGAGGCGAUUUGCAAUGGCCGGCUCGAUAUCUCCUUAUUUGCCCGUGUAAUUUUUUUGUGUGGGUUUUUCGGAGUCCCGUGUCUGUGUGAACCAUCCAAAGACCCUUCAAGAUUUAUAGAACAGCAUACAGGUGGAAAUUGCUAAAAUUACGCCUGAAAUACUUGAAAGGGUGAUA